GGCCCCUGCACCCACUUGGGAGACCUGGAUGGAGUUCCUGGCUGGGCAUUUGGGGAGUGAACCAGGAGAUGGAGGAUCUCUUCCCUCCUUUCUCCCCCUCUCUCUGCCUUUCAAAUAAAUCUUUAAAUAAAAACAUGGCUGCAGGGCCCUCUCUCCACCCCUUGGUGGUCUCCAGGCCCAGGCUGCUCCCCCUCCCCUGUCUCCUGUAAGAAAGCUCAGCACCUGCCGCCCUCGCGGGGUGGGCAGGAAUCCACAGCAGCGGCCAAGGGGCAGUGGACGCGUUGGAGGCCCUGGUGGCCUGGCUGAGCAGGGCUGCACGGUGUGGGCCCCUCCCUGCUUCCGGCCUUCACCCCCUCCUUCCACCCCCACCCCAGCUCCAGCACAAAUCCCCAAGCCCUGGCCCAGGGUGAGAUUAUCUGGGCUGGACGCCAUGGACGCCGCUCUGCUGCUGAACGUGGAGGGGGUGAAGAAGACCAUUCUGCACGGAGGCACCGGGGACCUCCCGAGCUUCCUCACGGGGUCCCGCGUGACCUUUCACUUCCGCACCACGAAAUGCGACGACGAGCGGACGGUGAUUGACGACAGCAAGCAGGUGGGCCAGCCCAUGCACAUCAUCAUCGGCAACAUGUUCAAGCUGGAGGUGUGGGAGACGCUGCUGAUGUCCAUGCGCCUCCACGAGGUGGCCGAGUUCUGGUGUGACACCAUUCACACGGGCGUCUACCCCAUCCUGUCCCGGAGCCUGCGGCAGGUGGCCGAGGGCAAGGACGCCACCGAGUGGCACGUGCACACCUGCGGGCUGGCCAACAUGUUCGCCUACCACUCGCUGGGCUACGAGGACCUGGAUGAGCUGCAGAAGGAGCCUCAGCCCCUCAUCUUCAUCAUCGAGCUGCUGCAGGUGGAGGCCCCGAGCGAGUAUCAGAGGGAGACGUGGAACCUGAACAACGACGAGAGGCUGCAGGCCGUGCCCGUCCUCCACGGGGAGGGGAACAGGCUCUUCAAGCUGGGCCGCUACGACGCCGCCUGCACCAAGUACCAGGAGGCCAUCGUCUGCCUGAGGAGCCUGCAGACCAAGGAGAAGCCCUGGGAGGUGCCGUGGCUGAAGCUGGAGAAGAUGAUCAACACCCUCAUCCUCAACUACUGCCAGUGUCUGCUCAAGAAGGAGGAGUACUACGAGGUGCUGGAGCACACCAGCGACAUCCUGCGGCACCACCCGGGCAUGGUGAAGGCCUACUACGUGCGGGCGCGGGCGCACGCGGAGGUGUGGAACGCAGCCGAGGCCAAGGCAGACCUGGAGAAGGUGCUGGAACUGGACCCGUCCAUGCAGAAGGCGGUGCGCAGGGAGCUGCGGCUUCUGGAGAGCCGCAUGGCCGACAAGCAGGAGGAGGAGCGGCUGCGCUGCCGGAGCAUGCUGGGCUAGGGCGCAGGCGCAGGCGCAGGCGCGCGCGGGGCACGCAGGUGCACCUGCGCCCGGCGUCCCUCUGCGGCGCUCAGAUGGCGAGAAGGGGGCGGGGUCUUCUCUCAAUUGGCCAGGAUUCUGGUGUCACUUUUUAAGAUUUAAAGUUAAUUCUUUUAAAACCCCCAAAUCAAAAAAGAGCAUAGGAGAGGUUGUGAAUAAAAGUGAAAUUCUCUCCCCCAGCACCGCUGUUCCUGACCGAGGGCUAGUAGUUUUAAGGGAGCCGACAUUUAAUUCUUCUGGUACUCUCUUCUGUCUCCAAGUCACGUGUGUAAAGCAGUUUCCCCACAUGUCAUUUCUAUGCCACUACAAAGAAAAGUAAGCGUUGAGCUGACGCCGUCUUGGCUCCCCCCCCCCUUCUCCCAGUGCUGGGCAGUUAUAACUUUGGAUCCUCUUUUGCUGGUGUUUAUCACUUCGUAGAACUCUCUAGAAUCGCAGGAACUUCCGUCGUUCCCAUGGUCAGCAUCCUCCUUUGGCUCUGUAACCCGGAUGGAGCCUCCAGCGCUCUGCCCAGAUCUGAGCAUCAAUAAACAGUA